AUAUAUGAGAGUGAAACAUUCUACAGCCUGGCUGAUGAGCUGGGCAUUCUGAUCUGGCAGGACUUUAUGUUUGCUUGUGCCCUGUAUCCUGUAGAUGACUACUUCCUGGACAGUAUACAGACAGAAGUUACUCAUCAAAUCCUGCGCCUCCAGGCGCAUCCCAGCAUAGCAGUGUGGAGCGGAAACAAUGAGAAUGAGGGCGCUAUUGCCAACAACUGGUAUAAUAUAACAGAUUUCAAGAGGUACAAGGCAGACUAUGUCACUUUGUAUAUUGACAAUAUUAUGAAUAUCACACAAAAGCUGGAUAGAACAAGACCGUUUAUUCCCUCCUCUCCAUCCAAUGGGAUUGAGACUCAGCAGGAGGGAUGGGUUGCUAAGCAACCACAAGACAUCCAUUUUGGUGACAUACAUCAUUAUGAUUAUGGUACUAAAAGUUGGGAGUGGAAUCACUAUCAGAUCCCUCGUUUCUGCUCGGAGUAUGGCUUUGAGGCUUGGCCAUCUUUUGAAAAUUUGGAGAAAGUCAGCGUCAAAGAGGACUGGAAUUACAACAGCGAGUUUUGUGACCACAGGCAACAUCAUGGUGAUGGAAACAAGCAGAUGGUGACUCAGCUGGGAUAUUAUCUAAAUCUACCAUCUAACCCUGAUCCAGUCCAGCAGUUUAAAGACUACAUAUAUCUUACACAGAUAAACCAGGCCAUGAGCAUAAAGACAGAAACUGAGUUGUUUCGUAGAAGUCAGAGCACAGUGGUGAAUGGCGUUGGGAUGACCAUGGGAGCCCUCUAUUGGCAGUUACAAGAUAUAUGGCAAGCACCCUCAUGGGCAUCUUUAGAAUAUGGUGGAAAAUGGAAAAUGCUGCACUACUACGCCAGGCAUUUCUUCAGUCCUGUUCUGGUUUCGCCAUACAUAGAUGGCGCUGUGCUCAAGGUUGUCUUGGUUGUGGACACACUGUCAUCAGGCAGGGUAUUACAGAAGUCUGGUAACACCCUGUACAUUCAAUGUUAUAGCUGGGACAACUUAAAACCUCUCUAUACUUGGGCACAAAAAGUAGAUGCUCCCAAGGUAGCAGCUAGCCAGAUAUUUCAAGCCAAUGUCACAGCUAUGCUGAAGACGGCCAAAUGCAGCAGCCUGCAGCACUGUGUUUUCUUUUUCUUUUUGAAUGAUGUCCACACUGAGGUGAGAAACUGGGUGUUUCCUGUCACCUUGAAGACAGCAGUUGGGAUGAAGAAGCCAAAUGUCACUAUUUCAGCAGUGACACAAAAAAAACCCCAAACAUAUCAGAUAAAAUUGACCACAGCAGCAGUCUCUCCCUUCGUUUGGCUGGAAGCCAACGGGAUUUUGGGAAGAUUUUCUGACAACGGUUUUCUCAUGGUUCAGUCCACAACUAACAUAGUGUUUUAUGCUUGGGAGACAACUGAUCUCAAUUCUUUGAAAAAAGCACUCAGCGUGCGGUCUCUUAUGGAUGUUUAUAAGUAGCUGGAAUGUAGAUUUUUAAAUAUGGUGUGAGAGAGAGUUUUACUUUUUUUUACAGGACUAUAUUGUUGAGAUUCCUAGUCAUUUCAAGUUAUUUCAAAAUAUUAUCCUGUUAUUUUCAAAGACCAUCCUAUCAUGUAGAAUAUUAUGGUCUAUGCAUCUGUGAUUUUUUUGUCCAUUGAUAUCUGAAUGUCUCAAAUAGCACUUGUUUAUGAAGCAGGGUAAGAAAGUGAUGAUUGACAGUACACACUGUUGAGUAAAGUUGGUAAUAAAGAUGAAUCUUGUUACAGUAUAUCUUUGAUACAUGUAAUUAAUACAAGGAAAAAGUGCUGUGUAAACAUCCUCGUCCUUCUGACUUUGCAGGGUGCAUAAGUGAUACUGAAAACAGUUACAUUUGUAUUUUUAAAAUAGUAUUAAAAUACAAGUCUGUUUAACAGACCUGUUCAUAUGAAAUAUGUCUAUUUUGUUGAUAAAUUCUUUACAUAGCUAAUUCUUAAUUUAUCCAAACAGUUACUUGUAUUUGAUUGUGCCAUGCAUGGAGUGAUGUGGUAGGAUCUAGUGCUAAUCAGUUGGAAAUUGAAAUCCGGGUUGUGCCUGUUCAAUCCUAGCCAUUGGUAAAAGUAGGUGUAAGAAGAAAUAAUAAUGACAAUCAAUUAUUAUUUGUUGCAUUUCAUUGAAAUCACAGUGCACUCAAAUUAAGAGUUAAAAUAAUUUUUGUUUAAAAAUUUUGAUUGUUUAUUUGAGUUAAUUAUUAUUAUUAAUAUAACUCAUUAUUAAGAUGAACCAUUUUAAGUAGUACAUCCUUCCUGUAUCAGUCACUGUAGGCAUAUUCUAAUUAUUAAGCCAUUUUCUUAUGUCAGGAGGUUGGGUACGGUUUUCCAUAACGUUGUUGGAUGUAUUGUAAAAUGUCCAUUCACCAUAACAUUUUUUAGAAUGUUCUAAAUAUUAGAUAUUGUAAAUACUUGUUACAGUGGUUGUUAUUGAAUUCCCUUUGUGCAUUGUGUGCAAUAUUAAGUGGCCUUUAAACCACCUUAAGCAAUUACGGUAAUGUGCCAAGCAUUUCGACCGGUCCAAUCAUGCAGGGGUACGGAAUAGAGUUUCUUAGAUAUAGUCCGUAAAAUUGCGAAUAGAAUUAACCAGACCAAAGAGGGAAGAUGUAAAUCAUGAAAAUAAUCGGAUUUGCCUAUUAUCAAGUCAUGCAGAUAAAUAACUUAAUGUGAAGUGUAUAGUUUGAUUCAUCAUUA